AUGUCACUACCACUAGACGAGAUUCUACCCAUUAUAUCAAAGUCGAACAAAACUUAUUCUGAUUUAGAACAGAUAAUUGAUAUUUGGCAUGAAUAUUUUACAACGAAAGAAAAUGCAUUAUUGCGAAACGCACAAGAAUUAAGCAACGAACAAAAUCUGGUGAAUUCUAAAACAGAACAAUUUAUUAAUAGUCAAAAUUUGUUAUAUGAUAUAGAAAAAUCGAAUAAUAAAUUUACAUUAAGCAUUAAUACACUUCGAAAAUAUAACGAUGAAUUAGAAAAUGAGAUUGAUAAAUUAAUGAAUGAAAGUAAACAAUUUUUACCAAAUUUGCGUCAAAUGAAUGAUGUCAUGAUAAAAACAGAUGUUGAUCGAACAAAUACAUAUGAAUUAAUGGAAAAUGUUGAUAAAGAAAUUGAGAAUGUCAGUGACGUUUUAACGAAUUUGAAUAAAACUUUGAAUUUUAAUGAACAAUCAUCGAUUGCCAAUGCAACAUCAGAUAUUCAAACAUGUUUUCAAGAUAUCAAUGAAAUUGAGAAUAAAAUAAAGUCGAUCAAUCUAAGCUCUAAACAAUAA